GUGAUUGUGAUUUGUUUUCUUUUGGGUGUCUUAAAAAUUUAGUAUUUAUCUAGUUAUUAGUUAAGUAUCUCUCAGUGACGACCAAAAUCAUUUUUGCUACCGAAGAAAACCAGAAGUGUAGUGUUUGGUGAACGGUUCUAGUUUGUUUCAAGUCCUUUUAAUUUUAUUUGCGCCGAAAAUGUCGGCUGUCGAAAACGUUCUCCAGCAGCAUGUCCUGCAAGUUGCAUCUGCCGUUGAAGAGCAGUUGGAUGCAGAGAUUCAGCAGCUGGACGAAUUGGACUCAGAUGGAAUAGAAAAAUUGAGAGAGCAACGGCUAAAGCAAAUGAGAAAUGAAGCCAAAGCUCGUCAAGAAUGGCUGGCCAAAGGUCAUGGAGAUUAUGAAGAACUAGCAGAAGAAAAGGAAUUCUUUGGUCUGGUGAAACAGUCCCCCAAUAUGGUUGUACAUUUUUAUAAAGACGGCUCUCCUCGAUGUAAAAUUGUUGAUCAUCACUUGAAGAUACUCGCCAAAAAACACCUUGAAUGUCGCUUCUGUAAAAUUAAUGUGGAACGAGCUCCAUUUCUAACAGAGAGGCUACGGAUCAAAAUGAUUCCUACUUUAGCACUUGUCAAAGACGGAAUCACGAAAGACUACAUUGUUGGAUUUACUGAUUUGGGCAAUUGUGACGAUUUCUCAACAGAGAUGUUAGAAUGGCGAAUUGCCCAGUCUUUCGCUAUUGAUUACAAAGGAGAUUUAAUGAAUCCUCCUGAUCAAAGAAAAAUGAAGAAGACGAGGCUUGUACCAAAAACAAUUCGUGGAAAAGAACAUGAUGAUGAUGAAGAUGACAUCAAUGACUGGUAGAUUCUGUCGAGAACUUUUUCCUAUUUUUUUGUUACAGUGUAUAAAAUUAACCUACUAUGACUAACUUACUCAGACAUUUAGUGCACUGAAAAAAAUGGGAAUCAGUGUUUUGCGACAACAUCUUCAGACGAUUUCUGUACAGAGUAAAAAUCCAAAUUACUUAGGACAUCUAUUAACUUCAAGGCAUCCAUCUGACCAUUAAGGUUCAAUUAAAACCCAUCUGUUACUCUGCCGGUGGGAAUUUAUAACUUCAGAUGUGUAUGCACUUCCCCUAAUUAACCUCAAACAUUAUUAUAUAAUUGUGCUUUCCAUACUUCAAGUAUUUUAAUUCUAUUUGGUUUCAGAAAACGGCCUGUUUUCCGCAUUUUAAAUCUUGACAGGAGUGAGUCCACUCACUGAAAAUAUCUCUCCUCUAAAAUGUAUGAUGAGGUUCAACUCAUAAUUUUCCAAUGGUAACCCCUAUCUCUUGGCAUAUCAGUCAUUUUCAAUUUAAGAUCACGGGUGGCGGCAGCCAUCUCUGGAGUAACUGUUAUAUGGAAAAAAUGGUUUCUUUUCACAUUGAGGUUAGAAUUGCUCCAACGAAUCUUUAUUGGUAAGGUAAUGGCACACCCGCCUAUGAAAUACCAAUAUAUUCUAAUGAUACUUGUUGGAAAUGGCCAACUCCAUCGAAAUUGCCUUUGUAUUGAGUCAAACCAGUUUGCAACAUACUUCUGCCUAAUGGACAAUCUGGCUUUUACAUGUGAUAUACACAGGAACAGCUCGUUUUUGCCAGCUCAAAAAACUCCAUUAGCCAGCUUCUUCUUGUUGUCAUUUUUUUUUAACAGAACAAUUGGACUGCAUUUUGCAAUUUGGACCUAUAAAGUCUGGCUCAUCUGAAAAAACACUUAUGUGCAUAGGGAAACUAAUGGCACAUACGUUGUUUUAAAACUGGGCCAGAAUUUAUAGGUCCAAAUUGCAAAAUGUAGUCCAAUUUAGGUUGCUUUCGGAAAACCAAUGGUACACCCAAAUAGUGUUUUUUAUUCAUAUCUACACUGUUUUUGCAUUAGCUCCCUUAAUUAUUCACAGUCUUAUUUCUCUAUUUUGCUGGUGUUGAAAUGCUUUUAUUUAUUUACACUGUUUAUACUAAAUAAAGUUUUUAUACUUUUUUUUA